AUGGCAGAUGACUCUUAUGAAGAAGAUGAAGCUGCAGACGGGGUUGCCCACGCUGAAAACCAUGUUGAGGAGGACCGGCAUACGGCAAGCUCGCGUCGCCAAGUCGUUUUGCCAGGCUUAGUGCCUUCAGGGACGGUUAAUGGCUACGACGCAGAAGGUCUUCGUGCUAGAGCUCUUGCCUUUGGGACCAAAGCUGUGGCCAUAUCCUCGAACAAACAGUUGACGUCGAAGUUCAGGGGUGUGUGUUGGAACAAGAAGAACAAGCGAUGGCAGGCAGCAAUCAACUCCUCCGGAAAGUACCUCUACCUGGGUUCUUACGACACGGAGGCCGAGGCGGCGGCAGUGUUUGACAAGGCCGCCAUUCGAAUCCGCGGCCUCAAGCCGCGUGUCACUUCCCGGUAUACCAGUCCACGCGCACCCAUCCACAAGUAUUAUUAUGUGCGUAUCACACGUUCCGACUGCAUCAGACAAAUGACGAUUAGCACGCCGGAGCUCUCACACUUUUGGGCGAAAGCUAAGGAUUUUUGUUCCUUUGUGGAGGCGCGACUGAACUUCUGCUAUUCUGACUAUGUUGACGCGGACGGCAAGCUCCGAGACGACGCGGCAAUAGAGGAGAUUCUGAGUGACGCUGCCAUUCCGGCUACGAAACCACGCCGGCAGCGCGGCGGUGGGGUGGGAGGUUCAGCACCGGCGGCUGAUGGGGAUAUCGCAGCGGCGGGCCAGGUGGCCGCAGCGGCGGCAGGAUCCUCCGCAUCACGGAUUCGCGUAGUGGCGCGCUCUCCAGCAUCCCACCCUUCCAUGUCGGAAGGAGGAGCGGCUGGCGACGGCCCAACAACAACGGUGACGGUGGCGUGCCCCGCCCGCACGGGACGGCGGCGGCGGCGCGAAGAAGAUGCCGAUAGUGGCCAUUGGUCGGACGGGGACGGGGCCGGGGCGGCGCCAGCGCAACGUCAGCACGUCCGCCAGCGACCUAACACCGACGGUGCGUCCGACCGCCGAGACGUUGCUGCUGGUGCCGCGGCUGGUGCCGCAGCCGGCGGCCUCGCAGAUAGGACUGUCUGUGACGAAAGCUGUGACGAGGGCGCAGCAACUGGGUCGGAGAUGACCGGGGAGCUAGGGAUAAGUGUGAGCGGGGAGCCAGGAACAACUGGGGGUCCUGAUGCAGCUGCAGCUGCAGCCGCCGCCGCCGGCGGGAGCAAAGACGAUCGCGGCGGCGGCGGCGGUGGCUGCCAUGCGUUUGGCCGCGCCGGGUCAGGCGGUGGCGGAGCGCACAGGGGCCUUAUCCUAGGGUCACUGGAUGGCGGCGCGGCGGAUGUGCAGACGGCAGUAACGGCUGCCCUGGCGGGCGCGGUCGCGGCGCAACUGGACCUGGCUGGAGGGGUUGGCGGCGCAGGCGGCUUGGGUGGCAUGGACCUUCGUCGAGAGCAGUUGGAGCAGUUAGGGCAGUUGGGACAGUUGGGUCUCGUUGGAGCUGGGUUACAAGGGCGACUCCACCCACGUGGAGGCGCUGCGGCGUCGCAGCAGUUGUUAGGUCAGCUGGCGCUCAUGCAGGCGCUGUCGGCUGGCAAGGUUGGCAGCGGCGGGCCGCAGGCGGCGGCGGCGGCGGCGCAGGUACAUGCCGAGCAGCUUGCGGCUUGCGGCCUAGGGGCCCUGGCUGGCUUGGGGUCUGAGCCGCUGCACCACCACCACCACCACCAGCAAGUCCUCCUGGUACACCAUCAGCAGCACCACCACCACCACCAUCAGCACCAGCAGACCCUGCAGUAUCGAUCCGGGGUUGCUGCCGGCGCAGUGGCGGUGGGGCCGACCCUGCAGGGCGCGGCAGCCGUGCCAGUGGCGGCGGAACCCCAGAUGAUGAUGGUGCGUGGCGAUGAGAUUCCGCGGGAGCCUGUGGGGCUGAGGUCCGACGGAGUGGGCGGCGGCGGCGGCGGCGGCGGCGGCGUUGGUAAUUUGAUCGGUGGUUUGGGGGUCUUCCAUGGCGCGCAUUCCGGCGCCGACAUGCUGCCGCUCCGCCGCGUCUCUCUUCCGCUUCGGCUUAGCCAGGAGGAGCAUGCGUCGCUGGCGUUUGCCCGCCUCCGAACCCAUCCCUAUUACCACGGCACGAGAAUUGCAGGAGGCGGGGGCGGGGGCGCCCUGGGGUUUGAGUUGGGUCUCCAUGCUUCGAGCAAGUCAGGAGAGGGAGGCGGGGAUUUGCGACCGAGCUUGUUGGUGGUAGACCAGGUGGCGGUGGUGAUAACGACGGCGACGGCGGUGGUGGAGGUGGAGGUGGAGGUGGUGUCGACGCGCUGGCCAGGCUACUUGGCGGUGCUGUGCGCGGAGGCGGCGUCGGGUUGCAGCCGCCGUUUCACUUGUCCGCCUCGCUCCCGACGGCGCACCUGGAUUCCUCCGGCCGCGGCGGGGACGGAGGAGGAGGAGGAGGAGGUGGCGGGAUUGGUCCAGGCGGGGCGGAGCUGUCAGCGGGUUCUUCCCGCCACGUUGCUUUGCUCAGCAGCCUCCAUUUACACCCCCGAAGCCGCAGCUAUGCCUCGUCCGGUGCCGGAGCACCCCCUGUCGCUGGCCAUAUCAUCCCGGCCCCGGCUGGGAUCCGCCGGCCACGUGACGGUGCUGCUGCAACCGGAUCCCGACGCGGUUCCCGUCGCCCUGACGUCCAACUUGGUGCUGGCGUCAACGAAUGGCUGGCAGCAACACCAUCAACACCAUCAACACCAGCAGCAGGUGCUCGAUGAACAGCAACGCUCCAAACCGCACACGCAGGCCGACCGGCUGCGACCGGCUUCGCCGCUACUUGGGGGGGAGACAUCGCCGCAAACCGGCUUCACUGUGAUGAAGGGCCGGGCGGCGGCGGCGGCGGUGAUCCAGCGCGCGCUACCGCCUGGGUCGGUCCUGGACGUGGUUAUUCCCAGCAGGUUCCCCAGCGUGGUUGGCGUAUUGUACCGCGCGGAGGCGGCGGCGGCAACGGCCGCCGCCGCCGCCGCCGGGGCCUUCGGCGUCGAGGGCGCCGCCGUCGAGGGCGAUGGUGGAAGUGGCGGUGGCGCCACUGAGACGUGUGCGGCGGUCUGGACUGGUAGGGUGCAGCGCUUGCGGCGGCUUGGGGGCUUUGCCACGGAGGAGAAGGCCAAGGCAUCCUGCCAGGCAGCGCUGGCGAUGCUUCAGGACAUUGAGCUUGCCACCGUCGCCGCCGGGGACCCUGGCGCCGUCAUGCCAGCUCCUGCACACGGCAGUGCCGGCGCGGCGGCGGCGGCGACGGCGACGUCGUCCUGCGUUGCGGCGACCACGUCCAUAGUUACUCGCGGUCAGCAGCCACCACAGGGACAAGGUGGGCGGGUGAGUGGCGACGGCGGAGACCCGGAGCGCACGGCCUUUCCUAUGAUACGGAAAGGUGGUGUUUGCGGUGGCGGCAGCGUAGCCAUGUAUGACAGCGGCGGCGGAGGUAGCCUGCCGCCGGAUGUGCUGCACCUGAGCGUCGACGCCGGCGGCGUUGCCGCAGCCGGCGGCGGCGGCGGCGCUGAUGCGGGCGUGGGGGGCCUGGAUGCCCUUGCCGGCGGCCAUUGUACGGCGUACAAGCUCUACAUGUCCCCUAACACCAGCGGCGGCCUGCAGCUGUUGGCAGAGUCGGACCAGGGGGAGUCCGGCGACCACUCUAACCUGGCUGCCAUCGCACUGCCGCGGCGGCACUCUGGAACCGGCGCAGCAGCAGCAGCAGCAGCCGGCACGGCUACCCUGACACUCGACUCGCUGGGCUAUCGGCUGCAGCCCGUACUGCUUGGUCCCGCGGCGUCCACACCCGUCAACGGAGGAGCCGGCGGCGGCAGCGCCGGCAACGGGCAUGCAAGCUUCGCCCCCGGUAGGAUACCGACGGGCGGUAACGAGGGCAGCGCAGGCGCAGCUAGACCGAGUCUCGGACUGCCGGCCGCUGCCGCCGCUGCCAACAACAACAACAACAACAACGGUAAUCAGCCGAGUCCAGUUGUAAACGGCAUCAGCGGCGGAGGCAAUCCGUCGCAUGGCAGCAUCGCUGCAACGGCUAGCGCACGCCGCAUCCACGGUGGAUUUGGCGGCGGCGGCGGCGGCGGCGGCGGCGGUGGCGGUGACAUCCCGAGCUCCGCGGCGAUGGCGGCGGCGAACGGGAUGAAUGGCGGUCCAUCAGAAGGCGAAUUGACGGACGAGAGCGGGGUAUCGGACCGCCUUGCAGGCUGGCAAGGCUCGGGUAAUAAUACUGCCGCCGCCGCCGCUGCCGCCGCCGCGAUCAUAAAGCUCUCCGCCCCCGCAGGAGUUGCCGCCAGAGGCGGUGCAGCGCACUCCCUCCCGUUGCCCGCCUCCCGGAACAUUGCGCUAGCGGCGGCGGCCGCUGGCGAGGAGCCGGCCGACCUGGCGGCCGCCGCUGCCGCCGGCAGCGUCAGCUGCGGCGGCUCGGGCAGUCGCGGGAGUGGAGUCCGGCGGGAGGUGUCCGUGGUUCAUGCGGAUCCGCAGGAGCCAGAUCACAACGUUGUCGCCGACUUCUACAGGGCGGCGGCGCGGCUCUGCAGCGGCGGCGGCGGCACCGGCGGCGGCAGCGGCGGCUCGCUGACGUCAGAGUUCGCGGCGCUGACUCAGCUGGCCCACGUGGAUGUGCGGGAGGCGCUACAACUGUUCUUCCAACAGCAGCAUCAACAAGCCAUGCAGCGAUAA